AUGUCAACCAACCCCCUCCACCCCUCCCUCCUUCGCCCCCCAAUCCUCCACAUCCUCCGCGCCGCCGGCUUCACCUCCACCCGCCCUUCCGUCCUCGACACCCUCGUCGAUCUCGCCUCUCGUUACCUGACCAUCCUCGCCUCACACACAGCCCGCCAUGCCCUCCUACGACACCCGUCCCAGCCACACCAACCCCCAGACACAAUCACAAUCACAGACGUCCGCCUAGCCCUCCAAGACGCAGGCGCUCUCUAUCCGCAAUUGAGCACAAUGGAGGAACAAGUCCGCGGCGAAGAGGACAUGCGCGGCAUUGAAGCUUUCAUAUCGUGGUGCACGGGGCCCAGCGCGCUGGAAAUCCGGCGCAUUGCUGGCUUGGCGCCUGAGCCGUCUACAGCCACGGUUGACCUGAGUGCGAAUGCAGCAUUGGCGGGGAAAGCUGCGGCCGAGACGGUGGUGGUGGAGAGACCGGAGGAUUUUCUGACCCAGCUUAAGAAGAAACAUGCGAAGACGAGAGAUGGAGAGGAGAGUCGGUGGGCUGGUACGGCUUUGGGGAGGGAAAAGGAGAGGGAGGGCGGGGUGAAGAUUGAGGGAUGGGAGGGGGUGGAGGAGCUGGGGGAUUGGGCGGAGAGGUUUAGGAGGAAAGGGGACGGGGUGGUAGAGGUGGGGACUGGGGUGAAUGAGCUGGGGGCAGGGAGGAGUGAGAGUAGUAGUCCUUUGAGUGAGAUUAGUGCUGUUACUGCGACUUGA